AUGUCAUAUAAAGAUACUUAUAUUCAAAAAGAAUCAAAUAUCACUAGAGCAUUAGGUGAAUUCCUAGACGAAAGAGAAGAAAAAGGUAAACCAAUUAAAACUGUUGGUUUCGAUAUAAAUAAGCAAGGAGGUCAAUCAACUUCACCAAUUCCAAUACCAUCGACAUCACCUAGUCAAGCUAAUAUACCAUCAAAGAGUCCAUCUACAAGAGGUUCAAUGGACAAACAACAUAUUAAAAAAUCAACUGGAUCACCAGGAUCAAUGGAAGGCAUUUCAACUCCACAUAUUCCAACUUCAUCAUCGAUGGAGAUACCAAAACCAACUACAGAUAUACCUGAUGUUGGAAAGUUACAGAUUUCAAACUCUGCCGAUUCAUCUUUACAUCCACCUGCUGCUACUGCUAAACCACAGCAACAACAAAAUAGACAGCAACAACAACAGCAACAACAAGGAGGACAACAACAACAAGGACAACCAAGACCCGCAGGUCAAACAAAGAAACAACAACAGAGAUUAUUACAACAGCAACAACAAGCUGCAGAAGGUGGUGUACAAUCACCAUCGACACACCCAAAACAACAUCAACAACAAGGAGGACAACAAGCACAAGCACAACAAGGAAAACAACAGCAACAACAACAACAAGGAGGACAACAACAACAAAAGAAACAAUCGAAUCCCUCGACACCAUCGAUUCAGUCACCACCCAACGAAGACAUCGAGGAGCAAAACGCCGCUAAAGCACUGGCUGCCAACGCCCCAAAGAAGGGUGGAGUGGUUGUAGUUCAAUCGACACAGUUUGACGAUCAGAAGAAACGUGACAAGGCAACGAAGAAGAAGAUUAUCAACGCUGUGCCAGCCACCAAGUUGAUUCCACUGUUUGCUCAUCUGCCGCAGUACGAAAUCGAAAAUUCGCUGGGCAUUGUCAAUGCCGAUAUUCACCCGGAGAUCAUCUCACUCGGUUUGAAGUACGCAAACUUUACCAUCUCUGGUUCGAACGCACGUGCCGUCGCCAUGAUGACAACAUUCAAACAGGUGAUUCGCGAUUUCCACUUGCCAGCAGAGAAGGAUUUCGCACGUGAAUUGAACGCACAUCUCACUCCACUCAUUCAAUUCCUCGUCGAUUGUCGUCCGAUGUCCAUCUCCAUGAGUAAUUCAAUCAUCUAUUUCAAACAACAAUGUCUAUCUGAAAUCAAUAAGAAAUUAACAAAUGAAGAGGCAAAAGAAUUUUUAUGUGAAAAGAUAGAUUCUUUUAUUGAGAGAAUUGUUGUGGCUGAUAGAGUUAUCGCUCAAUAUGGUGUCUCAAAGAUUAAGGAUGGCGAUGUCAUUAUGACUUAUGCAAGUUCACACGUUGUUGAGAUGAUUCUUGUAAAGGCUCAGGAGGAGGGAAAGAACUUUAGAGUUAUCAUUGUCGAUUCGCGUCCUAAACACGAAGGCAAGCGUUUGAUGCAUCGUUUGGUGCAACACGGUGUAAAAUGUACCUAUAUCCUCUUGAAUGCCACCUCCUACAUUAUGAAGGAGGUCACCAAGGUGUUUGUAGGUGCGUGCUCACUGCUCUCCAACGGUAAUCUAAUCUCGCGUUCUGGAACGGCGCUGGUUGCUUCGAUGGCACAGUUCUACAACGUUCCCUUCAUUGUUUGUUGUGAGACCUACAAGUUCUCUGACAAGUCACAGCUCGACUCGAUCUGUUCGAACGACCUCGGCGAUCCCAAAGAUCUCGUUUCCAACCUCAGCGAAAAAGACGUGCACACUGACAACGUUCUCAAGGACUGGAAGAACAUCAGCAGUCUCAAACUUUUAAAUCUUAUGUACGAUCUCACCCCAAUCGAAUUGAUUGCACUCGUUAUCACUGAAUUUGAUAUCGAUGUGUUGAAAUGGAAUAGUGUUAAAUGGAAUGAUAUCAAAAAUAAACCAACCUAUUUGGCAACAUACAACUAUUUCCAUCUAUUAAAUCAUACUUUAAAGAGAUUCAGAGAAAAAGUGAAAUUUAUGAAAAUUGCAUUUGACAGUGGAAGAUUAGAGUUUGUUCGAUUUUUGGAUUCACUUGGCUACGACCCAAAGACAUUCGAUUAUCAGGAUAUUAUUGGACUAGCACCACUUGGUUAA